AUGGAGGCUGUCGGUCCAGACAGCAAGUCCAACUCCCGAUCACCUGUGCAGACCAGCUCCAUAGGAUUUUUAGCAAGGAAGUUGAGGGUUCAAAUCCCAGGUCUGUCCGUCCUAAGACUCUUGAUUCUUUCAUGUUUUUAUUCUUUUCUGCAGUUGGGGGAGCUGGGUAAAGGUGCAGGAAAAGGUGGAGGAGGCGGAGGCUCCAUCAGAGAGGCAGGUGGAUCCAUGGGGAAGAAGCAAGCCGCCGAGGAGGAGAUGUAUUUCAAGCGAAAAGAGCAGGAGCAGCUGAAUGCACUGAGGCAGCACCACCUGGAAGAAAUUGAUCACCACAAGAAGGAGAUCGAACGCCUGCAGCGGGAGAUCGACCGCCACAAGGGAAAGAUCAGGAAGCUGAAGCACGACGACUGAGUGGAACAAAAAAAAGCUUAUUUUCACUCGCCGUCCAAAAACGCCUUUAUUUGACGCACCUGUUGCUGCAUGCAUUUACCAGGAAGGAUCUGAAUGUGUGGAAGAUUUUCUGUAAAUGAUUGAAAGUUAUUAAAUUUUCUCAUCUA